AUGGUUGGAUGUGACCCUGAAGACAACUCUAUUUUUUAUCCAGUUCAGAGACCAAAUAAUCCAGCACCCCCAAAUGUACUGAUUCACUUAGAUGACUUUGAGAGCAAUGACCGAACAAAGUGUGGAGUAGGAGCAGGCUAUGCUGUGCUACGGGAUGGGGUCCGCAUCCAAAACUGGUCCGCAAGACUCAAUCCUUCAAACUCAGUAUUCCAGGCAGAGCUUAUGGCUAUUUUUCAAGGCUUGUCGUAUCUGGAAAUAAAUCACCCUUCUUCUGCCGCAGAUCUAUACUCUGAUAGUCUCUCCUCCUUGGAAGCACUGCUGAAUCCCAUACAUCGAAAUCCCCUAGUAAGAAAAAUUCAAAAAAUACUCAAAGGCCAGAAGGAUAUCUCAUUAAGUUGGAUUAAGGGUCACGCAGGACAGGUGGGGAAUGAAGCGGCAGACUUCUUAGCCAAACAAGCAGCAAACGACUCAUCUACCCCCCUUAUUCUAAACAUGCCAGUGCCAAAAUCUUUCAUAAAACAAAAAUUACAAGAACAUCUAAAAGAUAGUUGGAACACACGUUGGCAAAGUGAAACAACAGGCAGAAGGGUACAUUCCAUCUUCCCAAACCCUUCUUUAAAAACCAGGAUCAAGAACAGAUCUGACACCCUCUUAGUAACUGGGCAUGGGCCCUUUCCAGCAUACCUCUCUCGCUUCAAAAUAAUUCCAUCUCCCAACUGUGCAUGUGGACUCGUAGGUACUCCAGAUCAUUAUCUUUACUCCUGCCCUCUCACCUCUCAAUUUCACCUAAAGAUGAACAAUAGUAUCACAAUACCCGACAAUAUUCGUCAAGCUCUUUCGCACCCAUCUGGUUCAAACUCCAUCCAUAAUUUAAUUAGCGAACUGACCAUCCGCAACUACGAGUUCCAAGAAGUUAGCUGA